UGUUGUAGUUCGGUGGGACUGGACCGUCGUAUACCUCCGUUACUGUAUGUCUCUGCGAUCAUCACCCCCCUCCCGUUUUUGACAUCGGGGACACGUAAAUAAACCGGAGGGCGCAAACGGUGACUCGCACAAUGAAUUUAAGCCUGGAUCUGUCGCGCAGAAACCCUCAGGAGGACUUUGAGUUGAUCCAGAGGAUCGGGAGCGGAACCUAUGGGGAUGUGUACAAGGCUCGUAAUGUCAACACUGGAGAACUGGCUGCUAUCAAAGUCAUCAAACUAGAGCCAGGAGAGGACUUCGACGUGGUGCAGCAGGAGAUUAUUAUGAUGAAAGAUUGUAAACACUCAAACAUUGUUGCAUAUUUUGGCAGUUACCUCAGGAGAGAUAAAUUAUGGAUCAGCAUGGAAUACUGUGGUGGAGGCUCACUCCAGGAUAUUUACCAUGUUACUGGGCCAUUGUCAGAAUCCCAAAUUGCGUAUGUAUGUCGGGAGACCCUGCAGGGUGUUUACUAUCUCCAUAACAAAGGCAAGAUCCACAGAGAUAUAAAGGGUGCUAAUAUACUGUUGACGGACAAUGGCUACGUUAAGCUAGCUGAUUUUGGCGUUUCAGCUCAGAUAUCAGCCACUUUAGCAAAAAGAAAGUCCUUCAUUGGAACUCCGUAUUGGAUGGCACCUGAGGUGGCAGCAGUUGAACGGAAAGGUGGAUACAAUCAGCUGUGUGAUAUUUGGGCCGUGGGCAUCACAGCUAUUGAAUUGGCAGAGUUGGAGCCUCCAAUGUUCGACUUGCACCCCAUGAGAGCACUCUUCCUAAUGACCAAGAGCAGUUUCCAACCGCCUAAGCUGAAAGACAAAGUAAAGUGGACAAAUAAUUUCCACCACUUUGUGAAAAUGGCUUUGACCAAAAAUCCCAAGAAGAGACCAACGGCUGACAGAUUACUGCAGCACCCAUUCGUUACCCAACCGCUUAGCCGGACUCUUGCCAUUGAGUUACUGGACAAAGCCAACAACCCUGACCACAGCACACACAGUGAUGCAGAGGAGGAUGACAUUGACCCAGAGUCUCCCGUGUCUGUUCCACAUCGAAUCCGCUCAACUAGCAGGAGCUCACGAGAUGGAAAGACUCUGUCUGAGAUUAACUUUGAUAAAGUGAAGUUCGACCCGCCUCUGAGAAAAGAAACCGAACCGCAUCAUGAGAUGGAUCUACCAUUAGAGCCCCAAAGCAUUCUGGGAAAUAACAAGAGUCUAUUAAAAUCUGUUGCUGAGGAGCUCAGUCAAAGGGGUCAUGUGACACAUUUAGAGGAUGAGGAGGAGGAUGAAGGUGAAGGUGAUGAUUUGCACAGUAACUCCACUUCAACCAUGAGGCCUAAAGUGCCACCUCCUCUGCCGCCCAAGCCGAAGCUUCUGUCUCCUGGUCAGAACAGUACCGCCUCAGAGGACAAUACCGGAGAAGGGACCAUUAAACGUUCCCCAGCUUCUGCAAGCUCCACCCCUCCUGUUCGGCCUGCUUCCUGUGUGCCCCCCAGACCGCCACCUCCUCGCCUGCCUCCACACAGGCGUAGUAGUCUAGGUAACAAACCAUCUGAGCACGAUCAGACAGAGCCAGCAGGGGAUGAUGGGAUUUAUAGGUUCUGGGAAUGGCUUCAUGCUGAACAACAGGAAGAACAAAGUAAUGGAGUUUCUGUCCAGGAGAAUGGAGAGAAAGAAAAACUGGCCUCCCUUCCCUCACCUAAUCUAACGCUUCCAUUCAGUAAUGGCCUCCCACCGACCCCUAAAGUACAUAUGGGAGCUUGUUUCUCUAAAGUGUUUAACGGCUGUCCCCUAAAGAUUCACUGUGCCUGUUCCUGGAUAAACCCAAACACCAGGGAUCAGUAUCUGAUUUUUGGUGCAGAGGAAGGAAUUUACACCCUCAAUCUGAAUGAAAUCCAUGAGAGCACAAUGGAACAGCUGGUUCCACGGAGGUGCACAUGGGUGUAUGUAAUGAACAACUGGCUGCUUUCAAUAUCAGGUAAAGCAUCUCAGCUGUACUCUUACAACCUGACGAUGCUUUUUGAGCAAGCUCGACAAAUGCAAAAGUUACCUGUUGCCAUACCAACACACAAACUUCCGGACAAAAUCAUCCCACGGAAGUUUACUGUGUCCAAUAAAAUACCAGAUACGAGGGGUUGUCAGAAAUGUUGUGUAGUGCGAAACCCAUACUCCGGCCACAAGUACUUAUGUGGAGCUUUCCAGUCCAGCGUAAUGCUGUUUGAAUGGGUGGAAGCCAUGCAGCGCUUCAUGCUGAUAAAGAGCAUAGACCUCACCCUGCCGUGUCCAUUAGAAGUCUUUGAGAUGUUGGUGGUUCCUGAGCAGCAUUAUCCACUGGUUUGUGUGGCAGUCAGUAAAGGAAGCCAUCCUGAUCAGGUGGUCACGUUUGGCACUGUUGAUCCCAAUGCCGCCAACCCGGCGUUCACAGAGCCCGAAACACCUCAAACAUGUGUCAUUCAUGUGACUCAACUGGAGAGAGAUACCGUCCUAGUGUGUCUAGAUCGGUGUAUAAAGUUGGUGAAUUUACAAGGCAGGUUAAAAUCCAACAGAAAGCUGUCAACUGAACUCACCUUUAACUUCCAGAUUGAGGCAAUAGUGUGUCUGCAGGACAGUGUUUUGGCGUUCUGGAAGCAUGGAAUGCAGGGAAGAAGCUUUAAAAACAGUGAGAUUACUCAGGAGAUCUCUGAUAACUCGCGAAUCUACAGGCUGCUGGGUGCGGACAGAGUGGUGGUGUUGGAAAGCAAACCGACGGAAGACCCUACAGCUCAAAGUAAUCUGUACAUCCUCGCGGGCCACGAGAACAGCUACUGACAACACACUGCCUUAACACACACUACAUAAUGCACGUUACCAUGUAUAUGUUCCUGAGACUUAUACACCUCAUUUUCAUUUAUGAAGCUACUGAACAAAACACUACAGAUUUUAAUACCAGCCCCUGGUACCUCGUAUCGAUAUAAAUUCGAUACUUCAGUACAAGCAGAUGUAGGUAGACCGUUUAAUAUGCGUGUUAGAUUCGCAUAGCAUGUAACGGCAAAUCGAGUAAUUUAAAUUAAUUUCCAGUUAAUACAUUUUAUCUUUUGGUAUCAUACAGGUUUCACUUUUUUUUUUUGUACUGCAAAUCUGCGUGAACUUAGUAUAGAUGUCAGAGACCUUGAUACACAACCAUCAGUUCUGUGCAACUGAGAUAACUAAUGUGAAAACACAACAGUCUAGUACAAAAGUUGUCUAAAAGAGGACACAAAUAAUAUGGCUUCUUAUAUCUGGCAUGAUAUGCAGGUGUUUCACCAUCUUGUUAGCUUUGUAGCUUUCAGUACUGCCCUGUAAACAGCUCCUCUCUGUCAUGCUAAUAACAGUUCACACAGAACGCAUUCUUGCAUUUAAAAAUAGAAGAACACAAGAAUGUGUUUACAUAGAAAAACAAUUAGUAGAAUGGAACGCGAAAACAUGCUCUGUGUAAACCAACUUAAGUCUAACAAACUCAGCUGUAUUUUCUUAUGCUUCUCUUUCUCUACAUUUUCCUCUUUUGGUGUCCGCUUUUAUCAUAAGGGUACAGUCGUAUUAGUAAAAUUUCUAUGAAAUUUUGCGGGUAAAAAAAAGUCCAUUGUCAUUUGUAGAUACAUGAAGCACUUUCAUCAGUUACUUUCAAACCAAGCAAUUUUCUGUUGGUCAGGGCAGCAAAUUAAUGUGACUAAUUUUAACCUGAUGUGAAAUCUUUGUGCGAAAAUCUUUCACCCUAAUGAGAAAUUUGCUAAAUAACUGUUAAUGUUACUGCACUUUAAGGCUUCAGUAAGUUUUAUGUCUCAUUAGAUCCAUAUUUCCUUAUUAACAGCACAAUAACAGACCUUAGUGUAGAUGUUUCCGUUGUUUUGUAAAUUAUGAAUGUUAAUGAUCUUAUAGGCCAUUCACACAGAAUGCAUUUUUGCAUUUAAAAAAUGUGCGACCCAGGGCAGUGGAAUGGGACAAAAAUGCAAGGUCUAGAGACACAUUUAAAAAACCAAAAAUCAACCACCUUGCAACUUGAGAACCCCAUUUUUAGAACUGCAUGUCAUUUGCAAGACACUACGAGAGGUGCAGGAGAAAAAGCAGCGCAGAGAAAUACAAAAACAUGUUCUCUGUGAACAGAAAAAAAAUCCUGCAGUGAAGCUAAAUCAUUUUGCUUAUUAGUUGCAAAAUACAAAAGUAAUUUUGUUGGAUUGUUUAAAUAUACACUAGGGGGCGCCAUGACAUUAUCAUGACAUUAUUCUGCAACUCAUGUUACUCAAACUGAGGUAAAGUCCUGAAGGAUUUUUAGUUACCACAUCCAGUGGAUUAAGCAUUGAAUGAUGAAAUUAAUAACAGCCAAAAUAAAUAUUUUCAUAAAAUUAUAAUCAUUCAUGAAUAAUGCGAAUUCAUUGAUGUAGUAGUGAUAUCCUUAACUCCUCCUUUUCAAUAUUAAAAAAAGUACUGUGGCUGCAUCAUGGUAUAGUGGUGUCAGAUGGCAAUACCAUAUAUAUAUCAUGGUUCUGAAUGAUUACCUUAGUCACAUACCAUGGUAUUUACACGGUACUCAAAGUGCUUCAAACAAUACCAUGGUAUUUCCGUAGUAGUGCAGUGUCCAAGAAAUCAUGAAAAUACCACAAGAAGACUGGUUGUGCUGCCCGAUACUGUAACAACAUCUUGAGCCACUUAAUGGGAAAGGAGUGAUUUUUUUAGAGUUUUUAUAUUUCAUUAUUUAUGCAGAAAGGCCAAGUGUCAUGUUUUAGUUCAUUACAAAGCACUGUUAUUGAAGGUUUGCACAAUACGUUUGCUCACGUGUGCUUUUCUCUGCGUGCUGUGUGUGUGUUAAUGGACGAGUGCGCACUUACAGGCUGUGAUGUCAAUAGUAAGAGUUUAACAGAUAAAGAAAUACUAUUUAUCAGGCUCACUGAAAACCGAAUAGAGAUAACAUAACGUCUAAAGAAUGCAGUAUGUGUAAAUAUGAGAAGUCAGAAAAAGCGCUCUUUCUAGAAUGUAGCUGUCUGUGAAACUUUCUAGCAUUUUCAUCAGUUCCAAUCACAUAUCUGAAUACUAACUGUUCUUUUUGUGUCAAAAUAGCAAAAUCAUGUUUCGUUUAGAAGAAUGCGCAAAUUUAGCAUGUCGUGUCUACCUCUAACAUGCAUUUAAAAACUCGCCAUUUAAACCCUACUGCAAAUAAAGUAUCUCCCUAGCAGCAUUUUUAAACCCUGGGCUUGUCACAUGAUCUAUGAUCUGGAUUUUUGUCAAGACCCAAAUGAAACGGUGUCUGAGCCUAAUCUCCAGUAACAUUUACUCUAUGUUUGAAAGUGUCAUAAUUGUGUUAUUGGAUGCUUUGAGUACAGAGCGUGUGUCAAACUACUCCAUGUUCACUACAGCAGCGUUUUCUUGUGUGAUGUGAUGCACAUGUCUUGUAUAUAGUGUAAAAUAAUUUGAGUUUUACAGACUGUAUAAAGCCAAUAUUUUGUUUCAAAUGUGAAACUCUUUUAUGAGAUUUAACACAUUAAACCAAGGUGGAAAAAAAAUCA